CAAGAUUUUGAUAAGACAGAGAUGGUGCUUGUAAAUCAAGAAGUUCCUAAUAAUUUAUCAGGAAAUAAUGGAAAACGUAAGAUAAAUAAAGGUAAAAAGGGUUAUGAUGGAUCUUGGUGGGAAGCAACAAAGAUUAUUGGUGAAAGAAAGAAUGAAUAUAAGGUAUCAUGGGCAGGUAUUGAUCCAAAAACAGGGAAAAGAUAUGAGCCGUGUUGGGUAGGUUUUUUUAGAAAAAAAAAAGAAUAUACACGGGACAUAACUUAUGGAAUAAUGAAUUAGGUUCUAAAGAGUGAUUGUACUGAAGAACUAAUAAAUACAUGGCAUAAAAAUCAUAAGCAACAUAAAGUAAAAAAAUCAAUUAAUAUAGCAAAAAAGAAAGGAAUGAAGAAUAUUUAUACGAAUAAAUAUAAGAAGGAAGAAACAAAUGAUGGUAAUUUUGAAUAUGAAUCGAAUGUUUUUAAUGAAAAAAAAUACAAGAAUAAUAGGAAAAACACGGAUAACAUUUGUGAAAUAGAUAAGUUGAAAGAGGAUAAAUUAGAAAGAAUUGACUCGGAAAAUGGAGAUCUAUUAUUUUCAUCAGUUGCAAAUUCUCAAAAUAAUACGUAUUUCGAGCCAUAUGAAUCGUUAGAAUAUACACAAGAACUUCCACAAAUGAUACAUUCUGACACGCCUGUCUAUGAAAAAUCUACAAAUGCUAAAAUUCUUGGUGAUAUGGAAAAAACAUAUCAUGCUUCACCUACGAAAUUAGAUAACAUAUUACCUUCUAUAGAUCUAAACACGGAGUUAAAAUAUGAUCCUUUAGAGACACCUAUGACUGAUAUUGCUAUGGGUCGUGUUUUUAAUUUCUCCGAAUUUUCAAAAAAGCCAUUGAACAUAGAAAAUGAUCAAGAUAUAUUACUUGAGGAUACGGCUUCUUCCAUAUAUCAUAUGGCAAAUGAUAAUAAUAUAAAAACAUCAAGUUCUCGAAUGGAUAUGUUUUCAAAACCUGGUUCUAUUGAUAAUAUUUCAAAUGUCUCUUAUGAUAAAUAUAAAAAGGAAGUUGAUAAUAAUGACGAAAAAACUGCUGCUUUAAAAGAGAAAAACGUUUCAAAAACACAAAAAAGAUUAAAGAAAAAUCAUUGUGAUAAUAUUUCUAAAAAUUAUCAUCAGCAAUUAGAAUCACCUUCACCUUCUGAAAAAGUCUCGACAUGGCUUUCUAAUAAUGAAUCUAUACAACUUAAAAUUCUUAAUGAUUCUCAUGUUCAAACAUAUACUCCUAUAGCAAAUAUACAAGAAAACAGAUUAAAUAAUAUUGAAUAUAAUUAUCUUGAUUCGUGUAUUUCCAUCGAAUCAGAAUCUCUUUUUAGUGUUGAAAAAGACAAUAUUUCUAUGAAAUCUAAAAUUUCCGACGAAGGAAUAUCAGAGAAAUAUGAUAAUAAUACUUCUACUGUAUCUGCAUUCGAUGAUUUUAUUGUUUCUCUUAGAUCAGUACAAAAUAAACCUCAUAUUUAUUUUUUUGGUAUCGAAAUGAAUAAUACACAGAGAAAUAUGUAUCUUCAACUGAUAUUGCAAUAUAAUGAUUUGCUUCAAGAAUUUUGUUCGACACUUAAUCCUGAUAAAACACUUAUUAAAAAGGCUCAACGAUUUAUAAAUAUAUUAACUAUGCUAACAAUUCAUCCUUAUCUUAUUUUUAAAGAUAAAUUCGAAAAUGAAUUUCUCGAAAAGAUUGAAUUAGAAAAUUUGGUGCAUUCUAGUCCUAAAUUUAUAUUUCUUGCUACUUUUUUAGAGAAAUCUAAAAACCUUGAACUUGUAAUAGGAAUUAGUUCUGACAAUGAAAUGUUAUUGGAUCUUAUUGAAAUACUUAUUAAGAAAUUAAAUAUAUUAUACUUAAAAACAAAUCAAUAUUCUGAAAAUAUUAAUAUUCGCAAAAAUAUAAAAGUACUUUUAAUCGCAUAUGGAAAGGGUAAAGGAGAGAAUCUUGAAAUUUAUUCUGAUAUUGUGAUUUGUAUAUAUACAUCGACCCAUAUAUUAUCUAUACGUAAUUUUAAUUAUUCCUCGGAUGAUAAAAUAAAGAACCAUAUAAUUCCCAUUACAAUUAAUUCAGUAGAACAUAUUCAAUUAUCCGUUAUGAAAGAUAUUCCUCAAAUUUUAUAUUUUCAAAACGUUGCUAAAAUUACCAUAUUACUUCGUAAGUUUGCUGGAAUAUUACCCAGUAAUCAGUUUUUUAGCAAUGAAUCUCCACAAUUGGUUUACAAUUGGAUUAAGGGAAAUUAUAAAGAUAAAUGGAUGUUACCAAGAGUAUCAGACUUAAGAGAAUUGGCAAUUACAUUAACUCAUAAGGAUAGUAGAUUAAUAUCAGAAGAGCAACUUAAUUAUUUACUUGAAUUAAAAGAAAAAAUAUAUCAACAUGAUAAUUAUUUAUUUAAAGUUCAUCAAGAAAUACAUGAUACUUCUAACAUAACUUCUAAAAGUGAUUCAUUUGAUAGUAGCGAUAAAAAGAUUUUGGAGGAUCUUUCUUCUCAAUUUGAAAUAUCUCAGUUACAAUCUAAUGUUUGUGAUUUUUCUGCUAAUAAUCGAUUAAAUUGUUUAACAUUAAGCUCUGAAGCUAUUCAAAGAUCUUGUUUGGAUAAUGUUAAGAUCUCUAGUAAUACAAAAACCGAAAAAGACCUUUUAUAUAUAGAAAUAAAUGAUCUAAAAAAUAAUCUUUUUACUACUCAAAGCUUGCUCAAGAAUACAGAAAAUGAGCUUUUAAGCUUUAAAAUUUCUACUGAUCGUUUACAAAAACGAUAUGAAGAGAUGCAAGAACAAUAUAGGAAUUUAAGUUUAGAAUUUAAAAAUAUUGUUAAUAUAAAAGACGAAUUACAAAAGAGCUUAAACAAUCUUCAGGAAAAUUUUAUAAAUGUUCAGAAAAAUCUUGCUUCGUCUUCUGAAAUGGAAAAAUUGAAAAGAAAAUCACUUUCUUCUGAGAAUCAAGAAAAAGUAUCUACAAAUACUUCGUUUGUUUUAGAAAAGGAGUAUCUUUCUGAAGAAAAUUCUCGUCUUAAAAAGAUUAUUGAAAAUAAAACUUUUGAUUUUGAAUUUUUGCGUUCACAAUAUCAAGAGGCAUCUUCAUCAGCAUUAAAUUUAGCUAAUGAAGUUAAACAAUUAGAAGCUGAAAAUGCUCUUUUAAAAAAUAAAGCAGAAGGGGAAGCAUUGCGUCUAAAAGAAAUAAUGAUACAAUUAUUAGAAAAAAAAUUGGAUGAAAGAAUUGAAGAAUUAGAAAUUCAAAAUUCUUUAUACUUAAAACAGCUAAAACAAAAAAUGAAUGAUGAAUCGACUAAACAUUCAUAUCCUUAUGAACCUUAUCAACUAAUUAAUAUGUCUCAAAAUACUAAAAUGAUUCCUCGUAAAUGUUUAAUCAGAAAUAUAAAUAUUCAAAGUUCAGAAGAUUUAAAUGGUCGUUCAACAUCUGAAAUUGCUAUUAAUAUUAAUGAAUUGUAA